AUGGACUCUAACGGCACCUUUGCCCGGUCUUUCGAUGAAUCCCUCACCCGCGAAUUACCCCAACUGCAAAGCCUCCGCAUUGCACCUCUCCGCCAACCAGUCUCCUCCCGCAUCCUAAGCAUCCCCUCGCCGCUUGAACCGAAUGCGAGUGGAGUUCGAGAGCCAAACUCCAUCCCUAAAACCAACAAUUCAACUGGAGUGCUGCCUGGCCGCAACGACUCCAGUGGACUCUCAGAGAGCGUCAAUGCGGCGCGCGCAAAGAAAAAUGACCAUCCCGUAGAUGCGGUCUCAAGCUUACAACCUCCCCCCAAGCCCAUUCUCCCGGAAUUUGUCAAUCUCCGCGCCCUGGAACGAUUCCCUUAUUCCUCAUUUGACGACGACUCGCACGCCCGCAAGCGUCGACGGUUGGAGGUCCAAGCGGAUACCUUUGGGGAACAUUUGCAGCUGCCCAUUCCGCAGGCGCACAAGGAACCACGACCGCCACCAUUCGGACCUUUUGCCAUUCUGAAUGGCCUGAACGAACCUCCGCCCAAUGCCGCUCUUCUCCCUCCGAUCGAACCCGGUUCCAUCACGCAGCUGCUGACCAAGCCCUCGCGAGGAACUUCCUUUGUGGAGCCCGCACUGCUAACUGCUAAUACAAUUGUUGAGAGCCAGAGUGUGGAGAGGAGAGAGGGCAGGAUCCAUGAGAUUUUGGAUUCCCCUGUUGGGGAGAACACUGUGGAUGGCGAGCAGACUAAUAUAGAAAGUGGCCUUUUUGAUGAUGCGAGCGUUAAUCAGAUGGGACGCGAGAAAGGCGACUUGCAGAUUGACAAAGAAGCCCGGCCCUGUGCGGAAGAAAAGGAGCCGCUGUCCCCGAAGACAAGAGGGCGAUCCCGCAAGAAUCUUCGUAAAUGGACCGAGGAGGAAACAACUGCCCUGUUGCGCGGCGUGGUUAAAUGUGGGAUUGGUAACUGGACCGCGAUCUUGGCGCAACCAGAGCUGAAGUUCAACAAACGGAGUGCUUCAAACCUGAAGGAUAGAUUUCGCGUCUGUUGUCCUUGGGCUUAUCGUGCCGCCGACCCCAAUGAGGCUACGAAGAAACUUCGUGAUACACUAGCCGAUGCACUCUCACGGGCCGAAACAGAGGGUACUGAUGGCGUCCCGGGGAAGAUUCGCCUUCCGCACCCAUGGCCUGCCUCAGAGACGCCGCCUGGAGGGAUGUCAGCCGGCAGUUCUCAGGAGUCCUUGUCGUCUUGCGGUACCCUGACCGAGGAGUCCGAGCUUAAAAGCUCGACUUCUCAGGCUAAACCAGCCUCGGCGAAAACCGGGCCUACUCUUUCUAACAAAUCCAAGUCUACCUUAGCAUCUCUCGGAAUCCCGGAGCCACAUUUCACUAUCAAGUCCCGGCGUCGGUCCCGGCGUCCAUUCACUGUCGCUGAAGAUGAAGCUCUUCUGAAAGGCUAUGCAGUGCACGGUUUUCAGUGGACACUAAUUCAACAGGACAAGCGGCUGAACCUCGGUCAUCGUAGAGCAACCGAUUUGCGAGAUCGUUUUAGGACCAAAUUUCCGCACGCGUACCGUGACGGCGGGUCUGUCAGCGGUAAUUCGUUCAAUCAAUCUGAGGAGUCCGGUCUCAAAGAUGGAAAAGACCGGGCAUCCAGUAGCAAGCGGAACUUGCAACCUACCAAACAACCCCCAAACAAUCAAAAUGGCAAGUCAGAUAGCUCUGAGCAGUCCGCAUUAGGACCCAUUGAUCCUGCACUCUCUCCUCCAGCUCCACCACCGGGACUUCCUCUCGAAAGCGUGGCAGGUGCCCCUUCGACAGCCGUGUUUUCCUUUCCGUUGGAUGAAAAUACUGCCAAUCCAUCAGGCGUGGACCCAUCUUGGGCCGAUAAUACUCUUGCCCCAAUGGUUUGGGAUGAAUUGGCAUGA